GGAGACCGAGCGACAUUUCCCGUGAGCCGCGUCCGACCAGGAGCGUCUGUCUGGUUGCUCAGCAACCGCACCAGGAAGGAGGCUGGCACCCGCGAUAUUUACCAAACCUGAGUUACCGACCUGGCGCGUCCCACGAACGAAAGUUGGGCAUUAAACAAUACUUAAACUGCUUCCUAACAUGGUUAUCAGAAGAGAGCUAUUGCCAAGAGUUUGAUUUAUAGAGAAGUCAUGGUUCGACUGACUUUGGAUCUAAUUGCCAAGAACAGCAAUCUUAAACCCCGAAAAGAAGAAAACACUCUACAAUAUCUGAAGAAAAUAACUCAUAUAAAUUUUUCAGAUAAAAAUAUAGAUGCAAUUGAAGAUCUCUCUCUUUGUAAAAAUCUUAGUGUUUUAUAUUUGUAUGAUAACCGCAUUAGUCAAAUCACUAACCUGAAUUAUGCCACCAAUCUGACCCACUUAUACCUACAAAACAAUUGUAUUUCAUAUAUAGAGAACCUCAGGUCAUUAAAGAAACUGGAAAAACUAUAUCUGGGAGGCAAUUAUAUUGCUGUCAUAGAAGGCUUAGAAGGACUAGAAGGACUAAGAGAGCUUCAUGUUGAGAGUCAGAGGCUUCCCCUUGGAGAAAAGCUCGUGUUUGAUCCAAGAACCCUUCAUUCUCUGGCAAAAUCCCUCUCUAUAUUGAAUAUCAGCAAUAAUAAUAUUGAUGACAUAAGAGACUUAGAAAUACUGGAGAAUCUUAAUCAGCUCAUAGCAGCUGACAACCAACUUCUGCAUGUGAAGGAUCUGGAGUUUUUACUGAACAAGUUGAUGAAGCUGUGGAAAAUGGAUCUAAAUAGAAAUCCUGUUUGUCUCAAACCAAAAUACAGAGAUAGACUGAUAUUGGUAUCCAAAUCACUGGAAUUCCUUGAUGGAAAAGAAAUUAAAAACAUGGAAAGACAAUUCCUAAUGAAUUGGAAAGCAUCCAAAGAUGCCAAGAAAACCAGCAAGAAAAAGAACAGUAAGAAUGAGGAUACACAUAACUCAUGCAACAGUAACUUUGAAACAAUGCAUCACAUAGUUCCCGUUUAUUACCCACAGAACUCUCUCUUUGAAGACAUCUGAAAGCUUGCUGACAAAAAAUGAUGUACGUGAACCUCACCUUCUUCAUAAUUUUCAAGUAAAUUUGUAAAACAGUAAAUUCAACCUCAGUGAUCUGAAAUGUUUCAUUCUUUACCUUUAUAGCACUAGGCAACAUCAUCUUUUGUGGUUUGUAGCUUUACAGUCUCUCAUUAUAUAAGAAAAACCUUUGCAAUUCCUGUUUGAUUUGCUUCUUUAUAGAAUCUGAAACAGUCCUUUACAAUUGCUUUAUUUCUCAUUACAUACAAUUUUCUGGGAAGAUAAAGAUGUGCUUUCUCAUUCAUCAAAAGUAAUCGUUUUCUGAACUCACGGUAUUUUGGUGUGCUUUUUUAUCUUAAAGUGUAAAUCUGACUAUAUUUAUCGAAUGGGAAUUGAGAUGAAAACCUGAGGAUUAUUCUGAGUUACUAAUAAACUUAAAAGUGUGUGGAACUUUAUACUCAAAUGAAGUAAGUGACACCAUAACUAUGUACUAGGUUUGUUAUUUAGACCCUAAGUCGUGUUUGACUCUUUUGCGACCCCAAGGACUGUAGCCCACCAGGCUCUUCUGGCCAUGGGGAUUCUCCAGGCAAAUAUACUAGAAUGAGUUGCCAUUUCCUCCAAGGUAUCUUCCUGACCCAGGAAUCAAACUGCACUGACAGGUGGAUUCUUUACCAGGAAAGCCCUGUACUUGUUGGCAGCUCCAAUUUUUAAAUAUAUGGUAAAGGAUGAAAUUAUGUCACAUGUAAAAGAACGGUUUCAUUAAGGAUACUUUAAAUUCUAUAUUCUGUCUCGACCCUCAAAGAAGAUUGACGCAAGAAUUGUUUUCAACGAUGCAUUAAUCACAUUGCUGGGAAAUAUUGGGCGUCUGCUCAAACUUCACCUGUGAAGGCGAUGGUUCCAAACGAGCGGAAGCCACACCAGGUCGGGGGCAUCCAGGGCCCGGGUUUCCCCGGGCAGCGCCCCCUUUUCUCAAGGAGCCUGGACGGAGCCCCUACCCACACGGCCGCCAUCCCCGCUCCCCGGGAGCCACGAGGGUACAACACCUCGGGCGAGCUCCCCGCAGGGAAACUCCCAAAUCCGUUCAACUACGGAAACAAAGGGGGGCCCCGGGGGGGGGGGGGGAUGGGACGAUGGAGGCGCCGGCCUCGGGAAGAAUCAAUUGCGAUUAGGGGAACUAAAAGUACCACAGACCGUGGGCACGCUCGAACUCUGCAGUUUACCUCCGGGCGGCUCAAUACACUGGUCGCGGAGUCCCGAGGCGGCGGGACUACGCUUCAAGCAGUCAAGACGGCAGGAGACGUUGACCUUGUGGUGGAGCAAACUGUGAGCGCGUCGAGGAGGCACACGCCACACUUCCUCACCGAAAGUUAAGGCGCGUUGCACAGAACGGCCACCUUCGCGCCUCCGCCCGGCGCGGAUCUGGAAGGCGCCCGGGGCUCAGCCUGGGCCCGAGGCGGAAGGCUCACGGCGAGACAAGGUAACUCGCGAGGCCGCGCUGGGGUCCUUAGAGCCCAGGCCGUGACUGCGGCCCCGCCGGCCGCCAACCCAGCGGGCGCUUGACGUACCACGCUUGGGGCCCGACCUGGGGGAGAACCUGAACGCGGGGGCGUGGCCAGGAAGACGCCCCGCCCCCUAUGGCCCCACCCCGCCGGACGGUUUGAUUAAUGAGUCUCCCGAUGCAGAGAGGCUCCGGGAGCACGCAGCCCCACAGCACAGCACCACAGGUGCCAGAGGACGUCGGCGGGUCCUGCCGGGUGAUCCGGCGCCUAGCUUGGCCCACAAGCAGUCUUCGCCUCGCACGAGCCCGCAUAAAAGGCGCACCCGAUCCGCUGGACGAAGAUGGAGUGACCGGCGCGGUCCAGGCCACGCAGACCCGGCUAGACGCUUCAAUUCCCGCGCAGCGGAGCCGAACCCCGCACAGCCCCUCCAGGAAAGAUCAUCAGCCUGUCUCUACCAAAGCCUAGAGCUAUACAGUCAAGAUUCAAGAUAUAACAGACUUGAGAAAAACAAGCCUUAACAAAACGCAAACCACGAAAACUAACGAAUGGUAAGUUUAUAAACAAGGCAAGUGUUUUAUAAAUGCUUUUUCUUCACCCUCUACUAUUAUUAUCAAUAAAAUUAGCAACAAUAACUAUUGUCAUAAUAUAAAGGACUAUACAGCUUCUUUUUUUCUGGUAACAAGUUCUUCUGUGAGUGUUAACGGGUCGAUUCUGGGUACUCUUACUCUAUAUAGGGGUUUCCAAUACCACUUUUCUAAGUACUGAACUACCUGAGGAAGUAAAAGACCAAGCAAAUGAAAACCAGGAAUGGGAGGAACUUUCUUUUCUUUAGCAUUUUCUGGUUGCUUGGAUCCAUUACAAACUGGUAGACUAAUCACUUACAUAGUCUACAGACCAGCUCACAAUGAGGUCCUCAGCAGCCCUAAAGGCCAAUGCGGAAAUCCCAAAAGUCCCCUCAGCUCUCGGUGUAAACUGCCGCACCGCAUACACGCGCCGGCUGAGGGGCGGGGCCCAGGCCCGGAAGGGGCGGGGCCAGGCCUGGAGCGUCCGAGCGCCAAUCCGGGCCGCGGCGCUUUCUUUUCCGCUUGGCCGCGGGAGAAGGACGGGUUUUGAGGCUCCGUCUGCCUUACGGGCGUGGCGGCAACGCCCGCGGACACGUCUCCCGGCUCUUCGAGGGGGGGCGGGGGAAGUCCCCGCGGAGUUAGAUCAUUUUCUAUUUCUCCCGGGAACCCGACUCUGUGCCAGAGUCUAUAAGUCCGCCUCGGGCCACUCCGCCUUGUGCGUCCCGCCCCGGGGCUCCCCCAUCCCGGUGGCCUCCGUUCAUUGCCGGGCACAGCCCAGCGGUCGGCGCGGCCUAGGCCUCCAAGUCAUCCCAGAAGGCCACCUUCCCCUCCCCCACCCGGUUGACGCCGCCUCGAGCUCUCCUCCGUGCCUUCUGCUCAAUCGCAUUUUGUGCAGCAGUGCCUAUGAGUUGAAGAUGAAGAUCAUUGUGAUAAAUGUUUUCCAAAAACCUGUCACAGAAGAUGGCUGUGAAAACACAAGGAGGACCGCUGCACAUGUAACAAGCAGAUAAGUACCUGCAAAUGAAUGUUCAAGUGCUUAGCAGUGGUGCUUAAAAACUCUUCAUUACCUCAAGGGUGUGGCACAUGACGUUUUCGAAGGAAAAAUGAAGAGUUGUUCAAGAAGACAUGCAUUAAAGCAAGUGACAAAAAUUAAAAUUUUAUUUAACGUUCAUCUCACAAUAAAUUAUGGAGAAAAGUACAUCUUCGAAUAAUUUUAAUUGCUGGGCAAUAAAGUCUGUUCUCUUAAAAAUA